AUGUGUGGAAUAAGUGCAUUUUUGAGUCACAAUGGAGAGGCCAGCUCAUAUCAGCAGACCAAAGUCCGAGCCCAGCAUGUGGAGGCUGAAAUGAAAAACAGUUUGGAUCUUGUUAGCCAUCGUGGGCCAGAUGCUCAGGGUCAUUGGUUUAGCGACGAUUACCAUGUUGGACUUGGUCAUGUUCGAUUGUCAAUCAUUGAUCUCAGCCCAAGCGGAGACCAGCCAUUUCACGAUGAAAUUGACAAUAUUCAUGCCGUGGUCAAUGGCGAGUUGUAUGACUACGAGCAUUAUCGAGCUCAGCUAGCCAGCGAAUUCCAUUUUACGGGAAACAGUGACUGCGAAAUUGUCAUUGCCUUGUACAAGCAUUAUGGCCUCUCUUUUAUAUCUCAUCUGAGGGGGGAGUUUGCUUUUGUGAUCUGGGAUGGGAGCCGCCAGCGACUGAUCGCAGCUAGAGAUCGUUAUGGAAUCAAAUCUCUGUAUUACACAGUGGUUCAAGGCAAGUUAUUGGUGGCAACAGAGAUAAAGUCUUUCUUGGCAUUUGGAUUACAGCCGGAAUGGUGUGUUCGUACAUUGCGAGACCAGAGCUGGAGGGUUGAGUCGCGCACCUUCUUCAAAGGCGUACACAGGGUUCUCCCUGGACACUACCUGAUUUGUCGACGUAAUGAGAGAGAAGAACAAAAGCCAUACUGGGAUCUUGAAUAUCCUGAUAAAUUUUCCCAUGACUUGCGAUCAGAAGAGGAAAUAGUUGAAGGAGUGAGGGAGCGUCUUCUAGAGGCUGUGAAAAUUCGACUGAAAGCGGAUGUUCCUGUAGCUAUCUACCUCAGUGGCGGAAUAGAUUCAUCAUCAGUUGCUGGAAUGGUAGCCGAUCUCAUAAAGCGGGGUACAAAGUUAGGUAAUGAGCCUAAUUCUGUCCCGUCAAACAUGAAAUGCUUCACCGUUCAGUUUGAUGAGGAUAGUGGUGCAGAUGAGUCUGCAAUUGCUCAGCGCACAGCAGAAUGGCUGGGUGUCGAUAUUAAAUUCGUGAAAAUGGAUGAAGAGGCCCUCGUGUCACGAUUUGAGGACGCCGUUUGGCACAGUGAAGUUACGCUCCCUGAUCUCAAUGGGAUGGGUCGGUUGGCACUAUCAGAAGCAGUACACUCUCAGGGGAUCAAGGUUGUGAUUACAGGAGAGGGCUCUGAUGAGCAUUUUGGGGGCUACGAAGCGUUUCGGGCUGACUCGCUUAGUGAGUCCGACCAUUCAUGGCCAGCGCUACAAAUUCCCAAUACCGACCGUGAGGAAGCACUGCAGGUGGCUAUAGGAAAAGGCACAUACGGUAUUUUCGGCAAUUACAGUCAGACUGUUCCAAGUGCGACGAAGCGCAUGCUGAACAAUAGCCACGUCACCAGUUCCAUUGCAAGGGUUGGUGAUCUGCCAUUCUUAGAUUGGGCAAAUUCUUACGGGGUCGAUAUACCGGAGACGAGUCUCACUGAGGGGUUUGAUGGGCGUGUCCGUGAGAAUAUAGCGAACCGGUGGCACCCCCUUCACACUGCUCAAUACUUUUUUACAAAAACAUUUUUGCCUCAUUUUAUCCUGAGGUACAACGGGGAUAAUAUUGACAUGGUAAAUCAAGUUGAAAGUCGUUGCCCUUUCCUUGAUCAUCAUUUGACGGAAUAUGUCAACAAUGUGCCACCGAGUCUCAAGAUGAAAUACAACGCGAAAGAUAAAUGCUUCCGUGAAAAGCACAUUCUCCGAGAAGCUGUGAAGCCUUAUGUUACCGAAGAGGUUUACAAUAUCAGCAAGAAAGCCUAUAUGGGUCCAAGAAGAUUCUGGCCGGGUGGACCGUUACACCGGAAAAUCACGCACCUGGUCACAAAGGAAAACGUGGAAAGCCUGGGAUUUGUAGACUGGAAUGCUACAAGUCAGGCCUUGGAAGAAGCUUUCAAUAAGCAGGAACCCAUGGCGCUCCGCCGCGCGAUUACCGUUGCUCAGUUCAUUGUUCUAGGGCAACGUUUCGGAAUCAAGCCUGCUGGUGUCCUACUUAAUUGA